AUGUUUAAUGAUGAUGAAGAUUAAAUCAUUGUCAUAAGUAGUCAAAAGGUUAAUAAAUAAAAAGUCCUAAAUUAAAUGCCAAAGAUUUCAAAUGACUCAGGCUAAUAAAUAGUUACUUAUCAAAAGAAAACUUUUGUUGAAGAGAGAGAUCCUUAAUAAGAAAAAGAACAAUCUGAGGAUGAGGAGCUCUAGCUAAUUCUUGAAAAUGCAUAAGGAUUGACAGAGGCUGAAAAAUAAAUGCUAAUUAAUCAAAGAAAUUUAUAAAAGAAUCAACAACCAAAAAAUAAUUGGAAAACUAUUGAAGAUUAAGGGGUAAUAAAUAACAAAAAGGAAAAUCAAGGCAAUGAAAGGAAAAACAAAGAACACAAGGCAAGAAAUAAAAGAAUCAAUUCUUCUGAUAAUAACAGUUCAUCUUCUGAUAGUGAUGAUAGCAGAUAAAGAAGGAAACGAAGAAGACAUGAUAGCAGUGAUGAAUCAAGCGAUGAUUAAGAUGAUAUAAAACCUAUCAAGUCUAAAAGGGCCAACAUUGAUUCAGGUAUAAAUUUCUUUAUUAGUAAAUCCUAUAUAGAUGGUGAUGUUGAUUUAUCUGAGAAUGAAUAAAGUGAUAAAAAGCCAAAAUUGUUGGAGAAAGCUGGUCUUUAGUCUGCUCAAGAUCUCAAAGAAUUCAACAGACAAAGAGAUGCCUUAAUAAAUAAGCAGCUCUAGGAAUAAAUAGGCAAGGAAGGAUUUAAGUAAAAUUAGACAAUUUACAGAAAUAAAGAAGGUAUAAAAGUAGAUAUGAAGGAUAAAAUGUUAUCUGAAAAAGACAGAUUAAGAAUAGCGAAUGAAAAUUAGUUGAAAUAGUGGAAAGGAGGAGCUAAGUAAAUGCAAGAAAAAGUAGAAUUGAAGAAAUAAAUAGAGGAGGCAAAAAGGGAGCCUUUUGCAAAGCAUGAAAUGGAUGUAUAAGUUGAAAAUGAACUCAGGCAAUAAGAUAGAUUUGGAGAUCCUUUGAAACUAUUGCAAAGCAAGAACAUGAGGUCUAGCAUUACUAAAUAGAUGUAUAGAGUAAUUACGACAGCUAGUGAAUACCAAUACUUACUUCCUAGAUGCAAAUUUCCUGGUCCCUAAAACAGAUUUGGAAUUGAGCCCGGUCAUCGGUGGGAUGGUGUAGAAAGGUCUAAUGGUUACGAGAGAAAAUGGGCAGAUAAAGUGGCAUCUAAGAGCGCUAAUCAGGAUUUCUACAGAAAGUGGGCAGCAGAAGAUAUGUGA